UCCGUCACAAAAAAGAAAACGAAAAUUUGAAAAUCAAGACAGAUUUGCGUCACAUCCAAACACGCCCUUUUUCAGAGGGGUUUAAAAAGAGAGCGGACUGGGGUUUCACUGGUUGGUUCAAUUUCUACUCUCUGUGCACGGGUUUUGGAGAUGGAGAUCUCCAAGGACCAAAUCGCAACUCUGCUCGACAAUGGCCUCUACGGAUCAGCUCAAAUGCUCGGUUGCUUUCUUGUUUCAUCGUCAUCUGUUAGUGCUGAGACUAGUCCACACAUCAAAGCUGAAAAUCUGAUUCUGCUUGGUGAUUCGUUGCACCGUGAGAGAGAGUAUCGAAGAGCAAUUCAUACAUACAAGCAAGCUUUGCAAUAUUAUAAAAUUAUUCCCAAACAAAACUCAGCAAGUACUAGAAGUUCAUUGCCAACAUCAAAUAGGUCAUCUUCUCCGAAUUUUUUUAACAUUUCAGCAAUAAACGAGAGUGAGCAGGUGAAGUUUAAAAUUGCAUCCUGUCACUCUGCAUUGAAUGAGACUAAAGCGGCCCUUGUUGAGAUGGAGGGAAUUCCUAGCAAAGCGAGGAAUUUGCAGAUGAGCCUGUUAAUGGCGAAACUAUAUCGAAGUUCAAGACAUAAUCGUGGGGCUGUUGCUUGUUACAAAGAGUGUUUAAGGCAUUGUCCUUAUGUCAUCGAAGCUAUCACAGCUUUAGCUGAACUUGGGGCUACUCCUAAGGAUAUCAUAUCAUUGUUUUCUCAGAAUCCAAAUAGAAGUGGGAGAGCUCCAUUUGAUCAUGUUGAUGGAAAUCGUUGGCUGCAUUGCUAUGUUGAGGCCCAAUGUUGUAUUGCUUCAAACGAUUACAAAGGUGGUUUGGAACUCCUUGGAGAACUUCUUCAACGUUUUCCUAAUAACAUGCAUAUAUUACUUGAAAUUGCGAAGGUUGAGGCUAUUACUGGAAAGACUGAUGAGGCCAUAAUGAAUUUCGAAAAGGUUCGAUCAAUCGAUCCAUAUGUUGUAACUUACAUGGAUGAAUAUGCAAUGCUCCUAAAGAUUAAGUCUGACUAUCCAAAGCUAAGCAAGUUAGUGCACGAUUUGUUGAGUAUCGAUCCUACAAGGCCAGAAGUUUUUGUUGCUUUGUCUGUUCUCUGGGAAAGGAAAGAUGAGAGAGCAGCAUUGUCUUAUGCUGAGAAGAGCAUCCGAAUUGAUGAAAGGCACAUACCAGGUUACAUCAUGAAGGGUAAUCUACUCUUGUCUAUGAAACGACCAGAGGCAGCUGUAAUUGCAUUCAGAGGAGCUCAAGAGCUGAGGGCUGAUCUUCGUUCAUAUCAGGGUUUGGUUCAUUCGUACUUGGCAUUCUCUAAAACCAAAGAUGCGCUCUAUUCUGCCAGGGAGGCAAUGAAAGCCAUGCCGCAGUCUGCAAAGGCCCUGAAGUUAGUUGGAGAUGUUCAUGCUAGUAACUCUAGUGGCAGAGAAAAGGCAAAAAAGUUCUAUGAGUCAGCACUAAGGCUGGAACCUGGUUACCUUGGAGCCGCUUUAGCUUUGGCUGAGCUUCAUGUCAUGGAGGGUCGAAAUGGAGAUGCUGUAUCUUUGCUUGAGCGGUAUCUCAAGGAUUGGGCUGAUGACUCUCUUCAUGUCAAGCUCGCUCAAGUUUUUGCUGCUACGAAUAUGCUGCAAGAAGCUCUGUCACAUUACCAGGCUGCACUAAGAAUCAACACCCAAAAUGAAGCGGCAAAGAAAGGAUUAGAGCGCUUGGAAAAACAGAUGAAGGGAGUGGAUCCUGAUGCACCUGAAGAAGAUGAAGAGAAUGAGGUUGAUGAUGCUGAUGGAGAUCCGGAAGAGACUGAACUUUUGUGAGGCAGUGAGGAUUUGAAAAUUUUCUGAUAUGAGGAAAGGCCUCUGAAAUUGUCAUUUUGCUUGGGAAAAGUGCCUCCGAAAUAGUUUGUACUUGGAAAUUAAGUGCUAUAAAUAUGGACUACAGCAAGCAAGCAAUCAUGGUGCCCAAUGGCUCUUGACCUAGAAAAGACGAUUAAAGGAAACAAGAAAUGACAUGGCAAUGGAUGUGAUGACGUUUUCAGUGGCGAGAUAUUUUGCUCUCUUUGAUAGAGAUGCAGUUGAAGUGAAAAGACAAUAUCGUCUGGUAAGGCUAUCUCAAUUCAAUUGAAUCAUCACUGGAUGAGCCCUACUGCAUGAUGAUGUAUAAAUUAUAUGACGUUUUGUGUUGUAUAGCUUGGUGUCAUAAUUCUGGCCUUUCCCUCCCGACUUUCAUCUUUGCAGGUUCACAUAUUUUAUGAUUCUCAUUUUGGAUUUUGAAUAUUUUGUCAUAUUAAAAGAAUAAAGACGGGGGCUAUUUUUCUAA